UUUAGCUAUAUUAACCACAGAUAUUCGCUUAGCUUUUUCGCGCGAUGAAGACAUUGUAGCUGCCUUUUUGGACAUCGCUGCCGCUUAUGAUAAUGUGAACAUUUCUAUUUUACAACGCAAAUUAUUAGAGCUACAGGUUCCUACAUUAUUAAUACAUUUUAUCAUCAAUUUACUAUCCUGCAGAUACAUAUCAUUAGUCGUUCAGAAAGACGGUAAUACUACUGAGUUAAAGCGUACAGUUUUUAAAGGCCUUCCCCAAGGUUCAGUACUUAGCCCACUUUUAUAUAACAUUUAUACAUAUGAUUUAGAAUCAUCUUUAUAUUCCCACAUAAAUGUGCUACAAUAUGCAGAUGAUCUGCUUUUUUAUUCCGUAAAUAAAUCUAUAGAUAUCGCUUGCAAUUUCAUGUCUAAUUCACUUAAUAGUUUAAAUGUGUGGUUGGUUAAAAAUGACUUAAAUUUAUCCGUAUCCAAAAGUUCAAUAGUCGUAUUUUCUAAAAAACGUACAACUCCUGUCAUAAAUGUGACCUUCAAUGGUCAAUCUUUGCCAUAUAAAACAAAAAUUAAAUUUUUAGGAGUUAUAUUAGAUUCAAAAUUGUCUGGACUUGCCCAUUAUGAACAUAUUGAUAUGAAGUGUGCACAGCUACUUAAUAUCAUGAAAUGCCUCUCAGGUGUAUGGUGGGGUGCUCAUCCGUUUUCUAUGAAACUUGUGUAUAACGCUCUUCUCCGGAUAUAAGAUAUGAUAUAGGUGUCGGUAAACAAGAUAUUCUGGAGACAAAUAUUCGUUUCAUGAGUAGCGUUGAGGAACAAAAUUGGAGUGGAUGUGAUUAUAUUUUUACAGAUGCCUCUAAAAUCUCUAUUGAUGAUUGUGUUGGAGUCGGUCUAGUUCAUUGGCAACAUAAAAUAAUACAAAAGAUUAAACUUCCUCCUGAAUCCUCUGUUUUUACUGGAGAGUGUUUUGCUCUUUUAAAAGCUGUAGAACUAGUUAUUUUAUUAAAAUCUAAAAGAACAAUCAUAUUUUCCGACUCAAAAAGUGCACUACGAACUAUUGAAAAAUUUCCAUUCCAAAUGAAACCUUGGUAUCCUAUUAUUUGCGAAAUACGUGAUAAGCUUUUGAUAUGUUCUCAAAGAAAUCACACCAUUAUCUUUGCAUGGAUUCCAAGUCACUGUGGGAUUAAAGGGAACGAGAAAGCCGAUCAGCUUGCCAAAGAAGCUAUAAAGGAUGGAGACAUAGUCCCAUACAUUAAUUAUUGUCAUGAUUUGACUGCUCUUCCCAAAACCUAUCUUUGGGAGUCAUGGAAUGAUGUUUGGUUGAGAAGCAGCAAGUUCAAAGGCAAACUUUAUGCUGAAAUUCAACCCACGAUUUCCAGUAAACCAUGGUUCUUUAAAGCUAAAAGUUCUAAAAUUGUCACUUCUAUCAUUUCCAGAAUGCGUUUAGGACAUGUAUGUACACCUCAUCAUUUAGCAAGGCUUCGUAUUGUUGAUAGCAAUAUUUGUGAGUGUGGAGAAGAUAUUGGUGAUCUCGACCAUAUUUUCUUUUCUUGUUCCCAAUAUGACCGCACCUCCUUUAUGAAUUCCUUACAAUUACUACAGGUUCCGUUUCCGACUAAAAUCUCCUGCCUUUUGCUUUAUCCUUUAUUGUAUUAUAAUGUAUUAUCCUCUUUCAUAAUCAAUAAUAAUAUUAAGAUUUAAUAUAAUAAUAAUAAUAAUAAUAAUAAUAACUCUUUAUUUAUAUAACACCUUAAUAUGUACACAGUAAAGUAACAAAACAAAAGUCGGUAUAUAAAUCGGCGGCCUUAUCGCUGAAAGCGAUCUCUUCCAGGCAACCUUGCAGGGAGAGGAAUAAGUUAACUGGACGGUGCUAUAUCUUAAUAAACUUACAUAAAAAUAUAUACUUAAAUACACAUGUGAAAAAUAAAUACCAUAUAAGAUAAACUUACAUACGAUUAAAUACAAAUAAAUACUAAAAAUAUACAAGAUAAAAUACAAAAGAAGUAGGAACUUAUACAGUUAUAUCAUAGAAGCAAAG